AUGUCAAAAAUACUUGUACACGGAAUCGGCAGGACUUCACCAAUACAACCACUAGGGACCAUCACCUUCACUAUACAAUCAUUGCGGUCAAAGGAAUCAAUUAUUGUACAUGCUCACAUACUCAAAUCCCUAUCCAUACUUCUACCUCCUCAUGUCCACCCACAAUGCACAUGGCCUCAUAUCGAGGGAUUGCCAUUAGCCGAUAAAAAUUACGCCAAGGCCAGACCGGCAGACAUCGUGUUGGGAGCCGAUUCAUAUGGACAAGUAAUGAAACACAACAUUAUCAAGUCCUCACCACACCUACCUAUAGCACAACUGUCAAUAUUCGGCUGGGUGGUUAUUGGACCAGCCGGUAACUACACUCACACUGCCACAUCAAUGACCAUAACCACGGAAGAACUGGAAAACAGCCUGCAAAACCUACUAUUGCGAUUUUGGAUAAUAGAAGAAAUACCAUGGGAACCAAGCGGCCAACUCAAUCCAGAUCAACAGCAGUGUGAACAAUAUUACAUCGCAAACCAAUCACGAGUAAGCACUGGAAGGUAUAAGGUCAAACUCCCCUUCACAGAAUCCCCUGAAACACUUGGAGACUCAUACAUCGUGGCCCAUCAAUGCCUGGUGCGCCUACAAAAACGAUUCACAAGGGACAAUAAUUAUCGCACACUAUAUGUUCAAUUCAUGACAGAAUACGAGAACAUGAAUCAUAUGCGAAGACUACCAGCAAACUAG